UUCAAACCGUUGAAUAUCUUUUAGCCACAUCAGCAUCUAUAAAAAUGACGGAAAUGAAUAAUUCGCAAAUAAUUCCACAAGAAGUGAAAGAUUUCUUCAAAAAUAACUCGACAUGGUCGUUACUAAAGUUUCUUCAGUUUAGAGAAAAAAACGAAACUCAAUCAUGUCUCCUCGAUUUCGAAGUUAAGUAUAUAUGUGCAAUACCGCAACCAACUGGAUUCGUUCUGGCGGGUGAGAGAGGAGUUCGUCUUCCCUCGGCACUCUUGAAUAUACUACACGUUAGUUGCCAUGACGCAACAGGUUGGGUUCGUCCUAACUUGUUGGAGAAAAUUUCUCAAGGUGUUGUUAGUUUCUGGAGUGAGAUCGAGAAAAAACGUUUAAAAGACAAUAUCGAAAAAGGAUCGUUAGAAUACAUCAAUGAGGUUAUAGAUGAUUCGGCCAAAGAUUCCAAAAUUGCAAGGGAAUUUUUAUCCAACGAGCUAAAAUCAUUUGUAUCAAGUUCUUUGAAGCGAGAUAGUUCACACGUGGAAACUUCUCAAGGUAGUUCUAAUUUUCACACGCCGGAUCACAGUAAGAAGACCAGAACAGAUAUAUCCAAUGUCUCAUUCGAUGAGUACACCAGUGCUGUUAACACCGUCAAUUCAAUUCAAAACGAUAAGUACACCAGUGCUGUUAACGCCAUCAAUUCAAUUCAAAACAAUAAAGAAUCUGCCCACACAAACCUUCCCCGUGCAAAGAAUUAUCUUUCAGCUAAUGAAAUUGAUGGUUUGAUAAAUAUAACACAAAAUGCUAUUCAAGAAGAGAAUGAAAAGAUAAGUAAAUCAGCUAAAUCACCUUUAGAAGCAUUGUUAUUAUCGGAAAUCGUUAGCCUCCAACUUCUCGCAAAGGAAUGUGGUGCACGUGGAGUAGUCGGUAUACGUGAUCUUUUGCAAAGAUCUGCUGGUAAAAUGCAGGAUGUUGAUGAUAAAAAAACAAUUCAAGAUCAUCUCGCAAACGUAGAUGCUGAUGAUGACACUACAAUAUAUAUCGGGAGAUGCAUUGAGGACACUUACGAAUGGAUCAGUUGUUUUCAUGGACAAUGUCAAUCUGAACGAUGUUCCUUGUUGGGCCUUGUGCAAAAACUCCGCAAACUACAGUAUAUUCACAUAGUAAGAAAUAUGGCUUAUUCUUGA